AUGGAUUCGGAUAACCGGGUUAUUCUAAACGUCGGUGGAAUUCGACAUGAAACUUACAAGGCGACUUUAAAGAAAAUCCCGGCAACUCGUUUAUCUAAAUUAACUGAAGCGGUGGCCAAUUACGAUCCAAUACUGAAUGAAUAUUUCUUCGAUCGGCAUCCGGGUGUGUUCGGACAGAUUUUAAAUUACUAUCGUACCGGAAAAUUGCAUUACCCCACAGACGUCUGUGGUCCUUUGUUUGAAGAGGAACUGGAAUUUUGGGGGUUGGACGCAAAUCAGGUUGAACCAUGUUGCUGGAUGACUUACACUUCCCAUCGUGAAACACAGGAGACUCUGCAGAUUCUAAAUGAUCUGGAUCUUGAUACGGAACGCAAAACUGAAGAAGAGUUGUAUAUUAAAUUUGGUUUUGAGGACGCUUAUCAAGCUGGGUCGCUUACUUCCUGGCAACGGUACAAGCCCAAAAUAUGGAUGUUGUUCGACGAGUCAUAUUCUUCAGCGGGAGCAAAGGUAUGGUGCGCGCUUUACUGCUUUUCUCAUGUACUAUAA